AUGUGCGUGCAGGCCAACACCGCCCCACCCUCCAACGCAUUCUUGAGUGCAGUGGAGGCCUUUGAGGCAAUGCAGAGGGAGUGCGUGGCGCAGGGAGGCGCAGAGCAGUGGGCGUGGGUGGCCAACAAAGGAAAAUGGAGCAAGCACCUGCCACGUCAUGGGCCUGACAGGGAGCCAUGCCGCUACAUUGUGAUAGAAGACAUGAAACGAGGCGUGGGAAACAAAAUCACAGCAUACGUCACAGCGUUCAUCUUGGGUCUUCUCACCCGCCGGGCUAUCAUCACACCACCGACUGCCUUCCUCACCCGCCGCUUCUGCAACCCCUUCGCCCACGCCAACGCCUCCUGGACCGUUGAUUCACACACCUAUGAGUACGUCCCUCCGUAUCACCCUCACAGAGUGUUUCAGAAGCCACGCCUGCUGCUCACCACCAUGGCUAUGCAGCUGAAGGCGACGCAAGGAGGGGCACGCACGGACCUGCCACGGCAGGUGGUCAACAAAGGCGCCGUGUGGAUGGACCUGUAUCGCAGGACGUGGAACAUGUUCUGCAGCGACCUGUGGAGCACUGCUGCUGUGGCGCCCUUCUGGCUGGCCGGCAUCGAUUCUUACACCAUCCCCAGCCUGCACUACAUUCCAGAGUUCGCGGAUCGUCUACGCGAGGUGUUCCCAGAUGGUCGUGCCUUCACCCACGCAGCACGCCUCUUAAUGCAUCCGGACAACGAGCUGUGGGCGCACAUCACCACCGCCUUCCAUGCCAACCUCGCCCACUUCUCCCACCGCCUCGGCCUGCAGAUCCGCUCACCUGACGGCAUUCAUCUGCCCCUCUCGGCUCGCAUCCUCCAGUGCGGGGCUGCAGUGUCGCGUUACCUGCCUUUCACACAGCCGUACUCACAGGUGAGCGUGCUCAUGCUGGGAGUGCUAUAG